AUGGCUUCGCUCGACGAGACUUUUGGUAAACUGUGUCUUUUUGCUAUUUAUUUUGUCUGUGUCUUCAGCCACUCAGAAGACGAUCACUGCGGACGAAACCCUUACGUGUCGGAGUGCAGUGUCGACUCUGUCGGAGAUCUGAGCCGCGAUGAAAUGUUCGCAAGAGGCCACAUGAAGCCUUUCGGUGCUCAUCGACCACCCGACGGUUACGUAGAAGAAGUGCCUUACAUGAUCGCAUCGGAAGACUUUUACCAGCAUUUCGUCUCUAAGCACAGACCUAUACUCUUUAAAGGUGUCGCUAAAGACUGGAUGGCUUAUCAACUAUGGUCCGACUCGUACCUGCGCCAAACGUACGGCGACAUGAAGUUCAAAAUGGAGACCAAAGAUGACGACAAGGAAGUUUUUCUCUCCCGACAAAAAUUAGGAACCUUUCUUGACAAGUACACCACCUCAAAUUUAUACUUGGUUGACGAGUUACCUCCCGAAAUGCGACAUGACGUAAUAAUGCCACUGUGCCUUAGAUGUGAAGAAAUCAGCAGCAAGUUUUUUGUAACUUAUUUUUGGAUGAGUAGUGGAGGAACGAACUCUUCCGUCCACGAAGACACGGACGAGAAUUUGUUGUGUGUAAUCAGAGGAUCAAAGAGAGCGAUUCUAGUGUCUCCGAUUUACUCACAUGACCUUUAUGCAGAUGAUGCCAAUACAUUGGGAUUCUCCCCUGUUCCUGCUGAUGUUGUGGAUCUCCAUAAAUUCCCCAAUGUAAUGAAUGUGCGAUAUAUUGUGGCAGAAAUGGAAGAGGGUGACAUGCUAUAUUUACCACAGAUGUGGUGGCACCAGAUUAAUUCUGGUGAAGGUAGACAACAAGCUAUAGCGAUGUGGUGGAAAUCAAAACCUGGGUGGAAAACAAAAGAUAAGCUAGCUGUGCCAAGAGAUCCAGAACAAGCAAAGAUUGAUUUGGGUAGCAAAGACAGGAAGUACUCAUUUAGUAGUGUACUGUCGUAUUAUGAGAGAUGGAUACAGAACACAUCAGAUUUAAUACCGAGACCUAAAUGUGAAUCUCAGUAUAAAACAAUGGCUGAUUAUCACUUUGAAUCUGAUAACUAUGAAACAGAACAAAAUAUAGGAGUUGAAAAUGAUGAGGAAGAGCAUAUUGACCACAUGUGUGAGUUUGAUCAAGACAAUCCCCACAGUCCAUGUGAGACGUGUUUUGAUGAGGAAGAACCGGACUGCAUGAAGAUAAUACUUGAAUACUGCUCCAAAUACAACGACAGAGGUUGCGUCAUCAUGCUACCCCAAAUUAUGAAUCGAUUGUCUCAGAAGGAAUAUCGCAGAAUACUCAAAGAUAUACAAAACUAA